AACCAUACUUCCUACUUUCCGUAUAUUAUAUAAGGAACUAUUGAAUAGCUUUCAAUGAUUCCAUUGUGAUUUAACAAAAAAAAAAUACACAUACAAAUAAUCACUAUAUAUAAUUAAUAUCGAUAUGUCGACUGUCUUCUCAAGAUUUACUUUGCUCUUCAUCACCAUAAGUUUCGUCGCAGCUCAUAGCACAUCCGCGGCUUCACUAGCUCUUCUUCAUCCAGAUGAAUUAAAAGCGCUUGAAGAGAUAGCUUCUACACUUGGAAUCCCAAAAUUGAACCUACUCUAUGUCUAUGGAGACCCUUGCUAUAUGAAAAAGCUAAAUAUUGAUGUUGCGAAUCCAGGGAGUGAGAACAUCAUUGCUUGUGAUUGUAGUUUCAACAAUAGCAGGACAUGCCAUAUUACAGAAUUAAGGCUCAAGACCCUCGGUCUUCCCGGGAAACUUCCACCAGAGUUGGUAAAACUUCCGUAUCUCCGAGUGAUUGACUUGUGCCGAAACUACCUUUCGGGGCCAAUCCCAAUGGAGUGGGCUUUAAUGCCAUACCUCACUUUCAUCUCGGUCUGCGCAAAUAAUCUAACUGGGCCUUUACCAACUGGUUUACAAAACUUCAAGAAUUUGACAUUCCUAGGGCUUGAAGCGAACCAGUUAUCUGGUCCCAUUCCUGAUGAGCUUGGUAACUUGACCAGCCUAACAGGACUGAUCCUUGGGUCGAACCAAUUUACAGGUAGCCUGCCUGCCACUCUUGCUAGACUGGUGAACCUUGAGGACUUUAGGAUAAGUGACAACAACUUUAAUGGCAUUAUCCCAGGGUAUAUUGGCAACUGGUCUGGGCUUUUAAGCAUACAUCUAUAUGCAAGUGGACUGAAAGGACCUAUUCCUAAUGCAAUCUUCCGCCUAAAAAAUCUUCGUGAUUUGAGAAUUAGUGAUAUCACUGGGAUAGAGUCCUUUCCAAAUAUAUCCAGCCAAUCCAUGCACACCCUGAUUUUGAGGAAUGUGAGUUUGUCUGGUCAAAUCCCUUCUUACGUCUGGUAUAUGCCAGUCCUAAUGAUUCUUGAUGUAUCGUUUAACAAGUUGAGUGGUGAAGUUCAGACACUACAAAAAGCACCCGGAGAUACCUACUUGAAUGACAACAUCCUUUCUGGAAAAGUUGGCUCUGCUGCUUUCCUCAACAAUGAAUCUUACAUUGAUCUCUCUUAUAACAAUUUCACAUACCCAUCUGGCUGCUCGGACAAGAGUAACAUUAAUACAUACCGGAGCUCAUAUUUGCAGAAAAAUUUAACUGGACUUUUACCAUGUGCUGGUCCAAUAAAAUGCAAAUAUCAACGGUAUCUACAUAUAAACUGUGGUGGAGAAAACGUAGUUGUAACAAACUCUUCUCAUAAAAUCGCUUACCAAGCUGAUAACAGUGAAACGAAAGCCACAACAAAUCAGCACUUUCAAAACUGGGGAGUUAGUAGCACGGGUCGCUUGUUGAAUGAUAUAUACAUUAUUACAUCUACUUUUACACUAUCUGAGGACUAUCCUACUUUCUAUAAGUCCGCACGUCAAGCUGCUCAAUCUCUAGUUUAUUAUGCGUUUUGCUUGGAAAAUGGAUCCUACACUGUGAAACUCCAUUUUAUGGAGAUUCAGUUUUCCAACGAAGAGCCCUACAAUCGUCUUGGCAGACGCAUAUUUGAUAUCUAUGUUCAGGGAGAAUUGUUAUGGAGGGAUUUUAACAUCAAAGAGGAGGCUAGUGGAACUAGGAAUCCUAUUGUUAAAGAAGCGAACGUCAAUGUGGCCAAUCAUUUGUUAGAGAUUCGGUUGUAUUGGGCAGGGAAGGGGACAACCCUCAUUCCCAAAAGAGGAAACUAUGGUCCUAUUAUAUCUGCCAUCUCAUUGUGUCACAGCAGUUUGGAGCCAGGGUGUGGAGCGGAGAAAACAAAACAUCACACAAAUUAUCCAUUCAUUUUUGGGAUAACGGUUGUCGUGUUAGCAAUUACGCUCCUGGCUUUUGGUUUAUAUACUCAAAAAAGAUGCAAGGGAGACAAGAACACAAGAGAACGAGAUCUUAGAGCCCUGGGUCUGCAAACGGUAUGCUUUACUUGGAGGCAGCUGCAAGUUGCAACAAAAGAUUUUGAUCAAAACAACAAACUUGGAGAAGGAGGUUUCGGAUCCGUAUUCAAAGGAGAACUGUCAGAUGGAACUAUAAUAGCAGUUAAACAGCUUUCUUCCAAGUCAUGCCAAGGAAACCGCGAGUUUGUGAAUGAGAUAGGCAUGAUCUCAGGUCUGAAUCAUCCAAACCUUGUCAAGCUUUAUGGAUGCUGUGUGGAGAAGAAUGAACUGUUACUUGUGUAUGAGUACAUGGAAAAUAAUUCCCUUGCUCUAGCUCUGUCUGGAAAGAGCUCUCUAAAACUGGACUGGGCAACGAGACAAAAAAUUUGUGUUGGAAUUGCAAGAGGGAUUGAUUUCCUCCACCAAGGAUCGAUGAUCAGGAUGGUUCACCGUGACAUAAAGACCACAAAUGUGCUUUUAGACACUGACCUAAAUGCAAAGAUAUCUGACUUUGGAUUGGCUAGGCUGCAUGAAGCAGAACAUACUCACAUUAGCACCAAAAUCGCAGGAACCAUUGGAUAUAUGGCUCCCGAAUAUGCACUAUAUGGUCAAUUAACCGAGAAGGCAGACGUGUUCAGCUUUGGGGUUGUUGCAAUGGAAAUUGUUAGUGGAAAGAGUAAUAUGAAACAAACGGAAAGUUCUGAUCCCAUCUGGCUUAUAAAUUGGGCGCUGACGCUGCAACAAACAGGAGACAUAAUGGAUAUCAUUGAUCCAGUGCUCGAAGGUGAAUUCAACAGCAAAGAGGCAGAGGUGAUGAUCAAAGUUGGUCUUGCUUGUACAAACUCAUCUCCACUCUCAAGGCCAACAAUGUCAGAGGCAGUGCAAAUGCUUGAGGGAGAGACUGAAAUAACACAGGUUCUGUCAGAUCCUGGUUUAUAUGGAAGUGACUGGAAUAUCUCAAAGAUGAGGAGCACUGAUACACAUGGUAGCUCAAGCACGUCUGGUUUGACUGAUCAAACAGCAACGACAAUGAAAUCCUUUGUUUCUGGUGCUGGUCUUUACCCAUUAUACCCCGAUUCCAUGAUUUUAAACUCCACAGUAGACUUUUCUUCCCCGUCACUCUAGCAUCAAAAGCUGUGUGUGCAUUGCCAUGUAUCUGAUGAGAGACAAAAGGCUUGUAAGUUGUCUUAUACAUUUUCAUAUAUCUCUCUAUGAAUGUUUAUUAAACUGGAUUGUAUCUUUUAUGAAAGUCUCUAGUGGUCGCUGAACUAAA